AAUGAUCGGCUUACAGACGCACAAUUCGGAUUUAGAGCAGACCACAGUACAACAGAUGCUAUAUUUGUCCUACAGUCACUAAUAAAUCAAACUAUCAAACAGAAGAAAAAACUUUACGCAGCCUUUAUAGACUACCAAAAGGCUUACGAUAAAAUUUACCGAAAUGGUUUAUGGUAUAAGAUAAUCAAAGAAGGAAUCAACGGGAAAAUUUUAAAUAUAAUUAGAUCUAUGUACAGUGAGGUGAAAUCAUGUGUAAAACAUUUAAAUGAGCUGUCAGACUUCUUCAAUUGCGAUAUUGGAUUAUUUCAAGGGGAGAUAACUUCACCGAUACUAUUUUCUCUGUUUAUCAAUGACCUUGAAUUAGCCGUGCAAGAAAAUAUAUUUUCCGGAAUAGACCUAGAACAUAUUUCCAUUUAUCUUAUUCUUUUUGCAGACGAUUGUAUUCUUUUAAGUGACACGCCGGAAGGCCUCCAAUCACAUUUAAAUUUAUUGUCGGACUACUGUGAAAAAUGGAAAUUGACUGUUAACAUAGAUAAGACGAAAAUAAUGGUGUUUCGAAAAGGUGGCCGAUUAGCAGAAAUCGAACAAUGGACGUAUAAAGGUAUUAAAAUAGAUGUGGUAGAAUCGUUUACUUAUUUGGGAUUUAUGGUCAGUACUGGCGGUUCAUUCAAGCGUGGCAUAGACACUUUAUCUGGUAAAGCCGGGAAAGCUGUGCACUCACUAUAUACAUUAACUAGAGGCAUGGAUAUACCAAUUAACAUUCAAUUCCACUUAUUCGAUUCAUACGUGUCCCCAAUCUUAUGCUAUUCGUCCGAAAUAUGGGGAUUUUCAAAGGCUGAUACAAUUGAAAGAGUUCAUAGGAAAUUUAUUAAAAGUGUCUUGAACGUUAAAAUGUCCACAAGCAAUCUAGCGAUAUAUGGCGAAACAGGAAGAACGCCUCUUUUUAUAAAUUGGAGUAUAAGGAUUAUUAAAUAUUGGUUUAAACUUGUUAACAAUAACGUAAACUGUAUAUUACAAAAUGUGUAUAACAAUAUGUUUUUGUGGUGUGAAAAAGGAGAAAAUAAUUGGCUGUUUAAAGUUAAGACAUUACUAAAUAGAAUAGGAUUUGGCGAGGUGUGGUUAUUUCCAUCAUCAGUUGAGCCAAGAUUAUUUAUACCUACAUUGAGAUUAAGACUGAUGGACAUUUACAUUUCAGAGUGGCGGGCUAAAGUGAACGGUAGCCCAAGUCUGAUAUUUUUCAGGGAAAUUAAAGAAGAGUUUGAACUGUCAAAAUAUCUUUUAAUAAUUGAAAAUAAGAAACAUAGACAAUAUUUAUCAAAGCUUAGAAUGUCAUCUCAUUGGCUAAAUAUUGAAUACGGGCGACAUAGAAAUAUAGAAAGACAAAAUAGACUGUGUGAAUUAUGCCAACAAUGUACAAUAGAAGAUGAAUAUCAUUUUGUCAUGGAAUGUAGUUUUUAUAAUACAUUACGUAUUAGGUAUAUCCCAAGAUAUUUCCGUGUUAGACCAAGUAUGGUAAAACUUGUUGAACUGAUGAAAACUGAGAGUAAACCAUUGCUUUAUAAAAUGUCAGUGUAUAUAAAACAUGCUUUCCAUAAACGACAAGAAUUUUUAAAUGCCGCGUAGAGGAAGAACUAUACAUGUAUUGCAUUUACUAAUAUCCGGAAAGAGUAAUUUAUUAUCAGUAACAUUUUUUGUUAAUCGAUUUAUGUGAUAUCUAAACUUUAGAAACACUCUCUUUGAUUAUGUAACUUGUAUAAAAUUAUGUGUUUUAACUAUGUCAUUGUUGUCACAAAUGUAUUUAUAUAUUGGUUGAUGUCGAUGUGCUGUAUAUGCAUAAGACUGAAUAAAUUUUCUGUUCUGUUCUG